UUCCUUGCUGACGAGAAUUGAAUGUGAGUUUUGUAUAAAUUUUUGUCUGACAAAUUUUGUAGUAUUCUUCGAAAUAUGAUCCUAUUAAUUUAUAAAGUGUAAUUUAUCUUACGCGAACGAAGAAAUUCUGAAGAAGUAGGAAAUGGCACAGAUAUCGAAUUCAAACGUGUUUACAAACGAUGCUACCUCUUCGACUAGUACAUCCGAUCUUUUACAACAAGCAUUCCAACAAGUUGUUGAUGAUGAUGAUAAUGAAAGUGAUUUCGUUGCGUUUUUACAAAACGAUGAAAAUGAUUCUCAAACGAUUCAUCUUACUUCAGAGCAGGCAGCUGCAUUAGGUUUAACUUUUGAGAUAAACUCUAACGAAGAGGUUAUAUAUCAACAAAAUCAAGAUAGCGUUAUUCCAAAUACAACAAAAAUUACGUCAAAUGAUAAUUGUAAAACAGAAGAUGUAAGCUCAGUAUCUCCGCAAGAUACUUUUACAGAUGAAGAUUUCAAUUUUGAAACGGCUCAAGUUCAAAAUGAUGACGGUAUUAAUGAUAUAGUAAAGUCCGAGUGUAUGGACUAUUCAGAAUGGCAAAUGCAGGAAGAUUCUCCUAAUGAAAAAUUGCAGAAUGAAACUGUUGCAAAUAGUUUGACUUUAGGAAAUAUAUGCCUACCAAAUCAAACUAUUAAUUCCCAGUCACAAACAUUGGAAGUAAAAAACAAUCCUAUUCAGAUUAAUUCCAAUACACAGAGAAUAGUUUUAGAGCAACCAAAGGUACAUGCAAUAAUGACAGAUAUUAGACACAUUAAAACUGAAGAUAAUUCGCACUAUAUGGUAGAAGAUAACUUAGCACAAAAUCAACCGAUGAACAAUGUAUCUAGUUCUCAAGCACAAAUCUUACAGAAGUUACCAAUACUUUUGCCAUCUUCGCAAUUCAUUAUAAAACCUGCGCAAACCAUAUUAAAGCCAGCAAAAAAUGUUAAAUUAAUACAAAAUAUUAAUAAACUUGCAAAUACCAAUUUAAAUUCCAUCAAUGGAAUGCAAUCGAUCAACAUGAAUUCAAAUUCUAAUUCUGUGUUACUUUCAAAAGCAACGGUGAUCAAUACAUUAUCACCGCAGAUAAUAAAAGCAACUCCUAUUACAGCUCAACUUUUGAACACAAAUAAUGUAUCAGCACAGCUAUUAAAUACAUCUCAUAUUAUAACAGGAAGCUGUGAAAUUGGAAAUCAUACAAAUGCUCCUCAGAUCACCAAUACUGUUGUAAAUAGUACACCUGUAUUACCACAAAAUAUAACCACUUCACAAAUACGAAUAUCACCUGCGAUAAAAACUACACAAUCAUCGUUACAAAAAGGUAAUAUAUCUCAGCUUUUAACGCCUAUGUUAAAGAAUGCUACUACUAUAACUAAAACAGUGCCGAAAACUGCACAACUUAUUAAUAACACAAAUAUAAGUCCAGCGAUAUCUACGGAACUUAAACCAGUUCAAGUUCCUACACAAAUAAUUAAGGCAUCAUCUUCCGUGAUGGGGAAAAAGAAUUUAGUAACGCCAGUGACCAAAAUUAUAACACAGACAAAUUCUCCAGUUAUUUUUAGAACUGCAUCGAUUGUUAAAACACAAGAUUCCAAAACAACAAUGACUAAUUCAACUUCUAUAUUAAAACCAACACAAUCCUCAUCAACACCUAUAUCUAUUUUGAAACCGCAAACUAAAGUAGCUUUUCAUAAUUAUACUAAACAAAAUCAAACUGUUACAUUAAAUACUAAUAACUUGACUACCAACAUACCGAAUUUGUCACAAACGACACCAGUUAUACAACAGAAUGGUUCAUCGGACAAAACAAAAUCUUUCCAAAAUGGUAUUUUUAAACAAAAGAUUAAUUCAUCCAUGAAUGGAGCAUGUCUUAAGAUUAAUAAAAAAUCUAAAGGGAUACCUACAAGAUCUACAACAAUUGUAUCAGAAGCAGCAGACACAUCUAAACCAUUGGGAUCUAGUGAAAAUCCUAUACAAAUAGUACAACAAGGUCAUCAUUUUCACAGCAUACAACGGCUUUCACCAACUCAGUUGAAACAAAUCGCUCAUGUAUUGCAACAACGCAGCCAAGAAACGAGUAUAUCUAAUGAGAGAAUCGUGUAUAGGGUAGUAUUUCCAGAAGAAUUAGAUUUAAGAUUGAAAAAUCCUGGAACCUUGAUAAAAAAUCGUGGUGGUAAACGAGGACGACCAAAAAAGAAUACUAUUAGGCCUUCUCUGAUCCCAUCAAAAACAACAGUGGUUCCUGAGGAAGAACAAGUAGAAUUGAAGGAUGACAGAAAAAAAGUUAUAGCCAGAACACGUUCUGGUAGACUUUCAAGACCACCAAGACAUAUGGUUCGAGAUUACAAACAUUUACACCAUUCAGACUUUUUACAACCUGACUUGGAUGAUUCGGAUGGCGGUUAUAGUGACUAUAAUACAAACAAUGACAAAAUUGAAGAUGAGGAGUCACCUAAAGAACUUUUAACAGGAUUAGAAGUACCAAAGAGAAAAAUAUCAGAUCAUUUCAGAUGUCCUACAUGUAGCAAAAUAUAUUUGGGAAGGACACGUAUGGCAAGGCAUUUUGAAAUGCAUCCUGAUCACGGUAGUCCGGAACAAUUGCCACCCCCUACACCCGAUCCUGAACUUAAACAAAAUGGCAAUCAAGAUCCCUUAAAACGUAAAGGGAAAAAAAGGGGGCCAUGGGCUUAUGUUACACCUGAAGCUAAAUCAGAACGGCGUAAAGUUAAGCUAAAAGAAGCAAUUUCAGUAUGUGAAGAUAUUGAAAUAAUAAAAAUAGCCGCAAAGCCGGUACUUAAUGCACAAUCUCUAUAUGAUUUACUAGUUUUAAAAUCUGAGAACAAUGUUAGAAAUUUUUUACAAGAGGUAAAACAAUUGAUGGAUAAGAUAAGAGAGAAGGUUGGUGAAAUGUUAUCUUUAGCAGAUACUGAUAAAGGAUCGGAUAAAGACUUAGUAGAUAUUAACGAAGAAUUACUGUGUGAUGCCUUGGGCGUUAAUCCUGGAUUAUAUAAAAUCAAUAACGACGCACUAAAGAGUUAUGACGAAGAGACUUCGAACAUUUACAUAAAUGAGGAACCACCAGUAAAACUACGAAAAACAGCCAAUUCUGAAGAAUCUAAAGAAAAUAACGAAGAAAGGAUGUCUAGUGGAUUUUCAGAGAGUUCAGAUCUUAGUAUAUCAGAUUUUCUGAGUGAAAGAAGAACUGAUGCGGCAUCAAAUCCUACGUGCCCGGAAGUAUUGUCGGCCUUAACGUUAAUGAGAAGAAAUCCUAGUAAUAUCAAUAACGUCGAUAAUAAUAAGGCUACUAAUGUUUCUAAACUUUUAAUUUCAAGUCCUGAAAUACAAAAUCAAAUUUCGGAGAAUCCAGGGUUCCAAAAAAUCGAUAUUAAUACAACCAAAGUUUCAAAAUUCCAAACUUCAGAAUCUCAUAAAGAAAGUUUUACCAAGUUAACCGAUAAUUUAGGACCGUCCAGUGAUCCUGAAAUUUUUGGCAAAGUAGAAAGUAAUUACGAUGAAUCGAAAUUGGAACAUAUAGAUGAAGCCUUUAUAAAAUUAGGACCAGUAGAGCAAGGUUUGGUGAAGCUAGAAAAUGGUACUUUGGGAUCAUUUGAAAAGCAAAGCAUUCAAAGUGACUUGAAUAAUAUAGAAGAUGGGUCUCAGACCUUUGCUAAAGGAUUUCAAAAAUUAGUUUCUAAGAUAGUACCUAUGAGUACGUCAAAUUUAAAUUGCAGUAAAGUGCAAAGUUCUACGUUAGAUGCAAAUUCAUGUAAAAUAUUACCUGCAGCUUCAAUUUGUAAAGCUUCAGACAGUAUAUCCGUGUUACAAGAUGCAGUACCAAUUAUUUCUAAUAAUUGUGAUACUAAUAUAUUUGAUAGUACAGAAAAUUUGGAUAUGUCAAAAGUAGCUCAAUAUGAUCAUAUAACGCAUUUAGAUAUUUUGAAUAGUAGUAGUGUAAUAGACAAAAAUCUUUUAAUUGACGAAAAAUUAGUUGAACAAUUACACUUAGUAGAUCAAACAAACUUGGUCGACGAAUUAGUAUCGGAACGAUUAAAAAAUAUUAUGCCUGAUAAUAUCUUAGAAGGUAAUAUCAUACCAAAUAAUACAAAUUUAGAUACAGAUCUUGAUUUUGAAGCAUUGAGCGAAGAAUUUAAUAGAAAUGCUAGAAGUUGAUUUUUAGAUCAUCGCGUGACUGAUGGUAUUAUACUAAUUAAAGUUAUUUGUACAGUGUAUAGUAAUAUUAGACAUACAGUACAAUUAUUUGAAUAUGAAACGGAUGUAUUUUUGACGAUUGCUACAUGUUUCUUUUCUAUAAACUUUAUGUAUGAAUUUGCAUUAGUUCAAAAUAGAACAUAACACUUUUUUAGAUAAUUCGUACCUUUCUUUUGCUAUAAGCAAUUGUAAAAAUGUACAAUAUCAUUCAGUUUAAUGUGUAUGUAAAUAUAAUUCAUAGAUAUACAUAGUUAUAAAAAAAAUAUUUUCCUGUACAUUAAAAAAAUACAUCCUGAAGUUAUCUUUUGGAUUAUAAAAUGUACACAAAAUGUUGCUAUUAGACAAAAGUUUUAAAAUUUAUGACUGUCUAAUAGUUUUGAAUUUUGUCAAUAAUAAUUCAACUACUUUUUAGCAAUAUUAGUGUACAAAAAUUUCUUCAACAAAAAAAAAAAAAACAGGAGAAUAAAUUGAUUAAAAUGAACAUUUCAGUUUCAUGCAAGCAA